GGUCGGCUCCCGACACUUCCUGGCCUCACAGAUUUAUGAGAACUUGCCUCUCACGGGCUCAGCAGUGAGUACAGGAAGGGACACCUCCCUCUGUUACUGGGGAGUCCGUCCCUGCCUCCAGACCUGGUGUCGGUUGAGCUCCGGGUGUCUGAACCCCCUGUCCGCCCCCCGCCAGCCCUCUCCCUUCUUCAGGUCCCUCCCUGGGUCCUGCCUGUCCUUCCCCUUUCAGCUUUGGGCCCCGACUUUGUCUUUCGGUGGGAAGGUGUGGUACAUGGAAGACAACACACAGAGACCCAAAGAGUCCAUCUCUCUGGCAUUCGUGUCCAAUGCUCUGGACAACACGGGAGCUGAGCUCUUAGAAAACCUGCAGGAACGCCGGACCCCUGGCAGCACCCUGACCCCUGCAGACGGCAGGAACGGUUGGAGCACAGCCAGACAGAAGCCCCCCUCAGAAUGGAGGGGACUGCAGCCAGCCCUGAGAGCGAGGGGCUUCUGCAGGGAGCACGCGCAGCUGUUUCGAUGGAUCUGCAAAGGCCUGCUCUGCACUGUGUUCACCACCUUCCCGCUGAUUGCCUGCAACCUGGAUUUCCAGAGGACCCUGGCCUUGUGUGUCCUCACCUGUGUCGUCCUGGUCUUCCUGGUCCACAGCCCGGGGAAGAGGCUGCUGGGGCCCAGGCUACUGAGCAUGCCUCUGAAGAAUUCCCGCCUGCGCCUCUGGUUUAAGAGGGGUCUAGCCAUCACUGUUCCCCUGGGCCUGGGUCUAUGGCUAAUUCUGGACACCUCCCGGCAGCCUGAGAAGCUGGUGUCCUUUGCAGGAAUCUGCGUGUUCGUCAGCAUCCUCUUCGCUUGUUCAAAGCACCAUCGCGCGGUACCUUGGAGGGCCGUGUCCCGGGGCCUCGGGCUACAGUUUGUACUUGGACUCCUCGUCAUCAGAACAGAGCCUGGAUUUAUUGCAUUCCAGUGGCUGGGAGAGCAGAUCCAGAUCUUCCUGAGCUACCCCGAGGCCGUCACCAGCUUCGUGUUCCGGAAAGUCACGGAUGUCUUUGCCUUUCAGGUUCUGCUCAUCGUUGUCUUCUUCAGCUGCGUCAUGUCAGUGCUCCUCUACCGCGUGGGCCUCAUGCAGAGGGUGAUCCUGAAGAUCGCCUGGCUGAUGCAGGUCACCAUGAGAACCACGGCCACUGAGACCCUGAGCAUGGCUGGAUGCAUCUUUGUGAACCAGACGGAGGCCCCUCUGCUCAUCCGGCCCUACCUGGAGGACAUGACCCUCUCUGAGAUCCAUGUGGUCAUGACCGGGGGCUCCGCCGCCAUCGCCGGCUCCCUGCUGGGCGCCUACAUCUCCUUUGGGAUCGACGCCGCCUCCUUGAUCACUGCCUCUGUGAUGGCCGCCCCUUGUGCUUUGGCCCUCUCCAAGCUGGUCUACCCGGAGGUGGAGGAGUCCAAGUUCAGGAGUAAGGGAGGAGUGAAACUGAGCUCCAGAGACGCCCGGAACCUCUUAGAGGCCGCCAGCACUGGGGCCGCCAUGUCCGUGAGGGUCCUGGCUAACAUCGCGGCCAACCUCAUCGCCUUCCUGGCGGUGCUGGACUUCAUCAACGCUGCCCUCUCCUGGCUGGGGGACCUGAUGGACGUUCAGGGGCUCAGCUUCCAGCUGCUCUGCUCCUACAUCCUGCAGCCCGUGGCUUUCUUGAUGGGUGUGGCCUGGGAGGACUGCCCCGUGGUGGCUGAGCUGCUGGGCACCAAGCUGUUCCUGAACGAGUUUGUGGAGUAUCAGGAGCUGUCCCAGUACAAGCAGCGCCGCCUGGCGGGGGCCGAGGAAUGGAUCGGCAGCAAGAAGCAGUGGAUCUCCGUCAGAGCGGAAAUCCUCAACGCGACGUACGCCGUCUGUGGAUUCGCCAACAUCAGCUCCAUUGGGAUCGUGCUGCGAGGCUUGAUCUCCUCGGUCCCCCAGCGGAAGAGCGACUUCUCCCGGAUCCUAACGCGGGCACUCUGCACAGGCACCUGCAUGUCCCUGGUGAACGCCUGUGUCGCAGGGGUCCUCCACGUGCCCAGGGGGGCCGAGGUCGACUGCGCGGCCCUCCUGAACGUGACCCUCAGCGGCAGCAGCUUCGAGGUGUAUCAGUGCUGCCGUGAGGCCUUCCAGAGCCCAGAGUUCAGCCCAGGGGCCCUGGACAACUGCUGUCGAUUUUACGACCACACGGUCUGUGCACAGUGAGGACAGCGCGCCUCUGUGCCUUCCAGAGACUGGAAGUCUCUCCCCAGGAGGCAGCUGACCCCUCCCUCCUUCUCCUCUCUGAACCUCUCCUUGGGGAAGCCACAGCGUUUAGAUCCACGACCUCCGACCCUGGGAAGGAGUGGUGGAGGGAGGGGGUGGAGGCUGAGUGGGUGUGUAAGUGAAUGACGGAUGCUCCCCACUCCUCACCCCUGGGCUGCUGCCCCAUUUGCUGCCCAGAAAUGUGACUUCCCAGGGUCACUUCUGCCCCUUCUUCUCUCCCCUCCACACCCAACAGCACCCUGGUCUUCUCCACCUCUUGGCCUGCCCCGGGUCUGUCCCACGGACCCUUCCCUCACUGCCUACCCCACAGCACUUCCCAAACUGGUGUCCCGUGGAACCCUGUUCCACAUGGCGUCCUCAAGGGAAACACCGGGCUAAACAGAGUUAGUUUUUUUUUUUCCUUUUAAAGCUAUAGAUCUGUCAGAGCUCCUGGUGGAUAUGAUAGGAGACGUUUUUCCAAACUCACUUGACUGUAAGAACCUUUUUGGUGGAAGUUAGUUGAACAUCCCAUGGAACACAAUUUGGGAAAUACUGAUUAACGCUGAAACUAUUGUAUUUCACAUAAUUGUGCUACUCACACAUGUUUACGUAGCACAGGUGCCAGGCACCGAGCCCAGGGCUUCGCAUGUUCUAACUCAAUGUCUACGACAGCCCUGUGAAGGCAGGUGCUGGGCUUGUCCCCCAGAUGAGGCCCAGAGAGGUUAAGUAACUUGCUCAAAGUAACACAGCGGGGGAGACAAAGAGGAUUUGAACCCAGGCCAUCCAGUCCCGCAGGCUACGGUGUUUAAUGCCUCUGCCGGGCUGCUGGCGGUUGAGGAACACCGCCGUAGCCUUGCCCUCACCUUCUUCCCCUUGGACCAGCAGCAGGCCAGGCUCUACUGGGCUCUCCCUGCCCCCAGCCUUCGGUCCUGGAGUCCUGCCUGGAGGCCUGUCAUGCUGCACGCCCCACCCUCUGCCUUUGUCUCCGCUGCUCCCCUCUCACUGCUCAGUCUCAACGCUCAGCGCCCCAGUUGCUUUGGCUGCCCUGACCCUCGACGUCCCUGUCCCUGUGGUCACUGGGCCCCUGUCCCCUCACCCACCCGGUCAGGUCGGACUUCCCCGUUGGGGCCAGUGCUGGCCGGGGGCACAGGGGCUGUGGGGCCUGGUCAGCACUUCCUCUGCUCAGCCCCAGCCAGCCAGACGCUGCUUCUGCUCCCUCACGGAUUUGGUUUUACUGGACGGUGGCCGUGCUCCUGGCAAGCCCCACAGGCCGGCCUGGGGUCCCUGACCUCAGGGCCCGAGUGCCUCCUCUUUGCUCUGCAGAGUAGACUCUUGGCCAGACUCCCAUGCCCCACGGCCAGGUCCUUGCCUUGGCCCC